AUGAGUAAGCGAAAUCCACGGGUUCUGAAGAUAGUCGUGUGUAUGCUUCUUCUCAACUCUCUCUUUCUCUGCAUCUACUUCGCUUUUCACUCCUCCUCCUCGUCUCCGGAGCCACAUCCUCACAUUCCGUUGCGAUUUCACGCUUCCGUGAACAACCAGUCGGCGGCGAUUCAGAAACCGUGGCCGAUCUUACCUUCCUACCUUCCAUGGACGCCGCCGCAGAAGAAUCUACCCACUGGCUCCUGCGAAGGCUACUUCGGGAAUGGAUUCACUCGGAGAGUCGAUUUCCUCAAACCGAAAGGAGGAGAAGGAAGCUUGUUUCGAUGCUUCUACAGUGAGACGCUUAAGAGCUCGAUAUGCGAGGGAAGGAAUGUGAGGAUGGUUCCCGAUCGGAUCGUAAUGUCGAGAGGAGGUGAGAAGCUCGAGGAAGUCAUGGGGAGGAAAGAGGAGGAUGAGCUUCCUGAGUUCCGAGAAGGCGCGUUUGAGGUGGCGGAGGAGAUUUCACGGCUAGGGUUCAAUAGAAACCGCCGUAUCGGAGGAGGAGGCAGUGUGAUUUCGCGGCGGCUGGUGAAUGAUGAGAUGCUGAAUGAAUAUAUCGAAGAAGGUGGCAUUGAUAGGCAUACAAUGAGGGAUCUGGUUGCUUCGAUUCGUGCUGUUGGCACCGAAGAUUUCGUUUGUGAAGAGUGGGUGGAGGAACCAACGUUGCUGGUGACUCGGUUCGAGUACGCAAAUCUGUACCAUACCGUGACAGAUUGGUACAGCGCUUAUGUGUCCUCUAGAGUCACCGGUUUGCCUAAUCGACCACACGUUGUUUUCAUUGAUGGACACUGCACGACGCAGCUAGAAGAAACAUGGAAUGCUUUGUUUUCCGGAAUCAGAUACGCAAAGAAUUUCACUAAACCGGUUUGUUUCCGCCACGCGGUUCUUUCACCGUUGGGAUACGAAACCGCGCUCUUCAAGGGCUUGACCGGAGACAUAGACUGCUACGGAGAGUCAGCUCACAAUCUGUGGCAAAACCCUGAAAACAAUAAAACCGCGAGGCUCUCUGAGUUUGGCGAGAUGAUCAGAUCAGCUUUCGGGUUUCCGGUCAACAGACACCGGACCUCAGAAAAACCACCAUCAUCAUCAUCAUCAGCGACCUCUGUUCAAAACGUUCUCUUUGUCCGCCGUGAAGAUUACUUAGCGCAUCCUCGUCACGGCGGUAAAGUCCAGUCCCGGCUCAUCAACGAGGAAGAAGUGUUCGACUCCUUGCACCAUUGGGUUGCGUCUGGCUCCACCGGUCUUACGAAAUGUGGGAUUAACCUUGUGAAUGGAUUGCUUGCGCACAUGUCGAUGAAAGAUCAAGUCCGAGCCAUCCAAGACGCGUCGGUGAUCAUAGGAGCUCACGGAGCUGGACUGACUCACAUUGUGUCAGCAACACCAAACACAACGAUAUUUGAGAUUAUCAGCGUCGAGUUUCAACGACCUCAUUUCGAGCUAAUAGCUAAGUGGAAAGGUUUGGAGUAUCAUGCAAUGCAUCUAGCGAAUUCACGAGCGGAUCCAACAGCUGUGAUUGAGAAGCUUGAGGAGAUAAUGAAGAGCCGUGGAUGCUGA